CGGUGGUGCAGUAGCAGUAGAAGCAGUAGAAGCAGCAGCAUUAGCAGCAACAAGCGCAAGCGCAGCAACAAGAAUAGCAAGCGCAGCAACAACAACAGCAAGCCCAGUGGAAGAGACAGACUCGAGCAAACGACGAAACCAUGCCGCACAGACCCGAUUCCCAGGGAGCCUCGGCCUCUUUGUCGCCGGGGGUUGGYGCCACGAACCACUCCUCCGUGUACACCCCCCCUAGGGUGGCCGGGAGCACCGCCGCAGCCAUCAUGAGGCAGCAGAGCCGCGACGGGAGCCUCGGCCAGGUGCCCGGGAYCACCUCCGGCCUGGGCCUUUCGUACGGCGGACACCCCUCGGGGAUCGUGACGCCCUUUGCGUCCUCCAAGGGGGGMGGGCCCACCUGGCUGGCCGCUGGAUCGAGGAACAAGAGCUCGGACUCGACGGACCGUUCSACGGCGACGACGGCCACCACCAUGGACGAGACCCGGAGCAUUGCCACCCUCGCCACCGAGGACGAGCGGGAAGCCACGGCCUCGGCGCUCCUCAUGGUGGCCAAGGCCGCCGAAAGGGAACACCAGCAGAGCUACCUGAAGGGGAUGGUAGUGGAGAGCAGCAACAGCAACAACAGCAGCAGCAGCAGCAGCGGAAGGGCCCCCGGGACGACGACCCCGGGUCUCUCCUCGGUGCCCUCCUCCGUCUCGAGGGGGUCGCCCUCGACGGUUCCCCUCAAGAAGAGGAAGAAACAGCUCCGARACGAUGCCUGCCACGUGAGCCCCAUGUCCCACGCCUCCACGGACCGCGGAACGGCRACCGCCUCUGCCGCCACGAAUUCCUACGAUUCCAAGGACACGGCACCGCCCGUUCUCACGACGCCGAAGGGAGAGAUGACCCAGGAACUCCUGGACUCGUCCAAGGUCCACAGCACGGCACAGAUCGGAAACCCAAGGCUCCAACCAGCAAGGGUGCCCUUGUCCCACUUUCCCACCCUCCUGCACCGGAUCCUGGCCGACUCGGACGAGGAGGGAUCGGCCAUGCGGUGGCUACCCGACGGAGAGGCCUGGAAGGUCAACAACUGGAACGCGAUGCGCCGGGAGAUCCUUCCCAGGUACUUUAGCGAUCUACCGGACGAAGACGGCCGCUCCUGCGGGACGAUCGACGCUUUUUUGCACCACGUGGACGCCUGGGGAUUCGAGGAAACGASCGCCGGGGCCUACCGCCACAACGUAAGUCGGUCUCCAGAGAGUAGUGAUUGCUUUGCUUUGCCUUGCCCAAGGGAAUGUUGGAAUGGAAUCGAAUCGAAUCGAUCGGUGCCUAUUCUCACUCUCAAGUUUCGUUUUGUUUUCGCCUUUGACUUUCACAACCGCACCUUGUUGCACCGAACAGCUCUUUAUCCGCGGUGCCCAAAAGCUCUGCGUCAAGAUGCGGUUCACCGCCGAUGCGAGGAGCGACGGUGCCACCAACGGACAGCGUCCGAACACGGUAUCCCCGGGACGCCACGGUGCCGACGYAACAGAGCGGCGAAUGCUACAGGUUCCGAUGCUCGCGUCUGCCGGUACAACGGACCCCAAGAAGCAGCCGGUGCUGCAUCCCGGAAAACGACCCCGAUACGAGAGCGAUGCGGCGGGGCAACCCGGGCACGCACCGCUCCACUGGCCCUUUUCGGGUGAUGCCAAAACCGGUGCCAUGUGGGGCGCGAACGGACAGUUCGGCGAAGGACCCCACGCACGUGCCUACGGAAUGAGAGCCGCGGCCGCGCUCAGCGCCGGAACGACCUCCUUUGCCACGCUCAACGGAACCUACAACAUCGACCCGAGAAUGCAGCUCAGCCGGAUUCCCACCUCCGAUUCCGGAACGGUGUCCAGGCCGCAGCCCCAUCYCASCUUUCAGUACAUACCGCCGCAGGUCCGGUCCGGCAGGGGCGCCCUCAGAGGCAUUGCCCCGUCGGCCCAACCGAACCAAGGAUCUUCCCCGGCGGCGGCCGCGAGUCCCACCUUUCGCCACGGAUUCCCCGUCUCGAACCGCGGAAAGGGCCGCCGCAAAACGGCCKUCUGCCGAACCCCGCUGGCCGGCCCCGCCACCGAGAACCCCACGGCGUCCACCAGCGAGGCCCCAAAGGCAACCACCGCAUCAGCGGGAAUGAACAUUGUCGGCGAGGCCCAGCGGGUCGGAACCUCGGUCCAGGGCGUCGCGRUGGCGAUCUCGCGCAAGGGAAAACGAAAGCUGCCGAUGGCGGGGGCCCGAAAGGCGGAGACCGGCAGCAACAGCGCUUUGGCUUCUGCCGAACAAACCGGCACGGCCCAAUAGAUUGUUUCGAUAUACACACAGACA